AUGUUUACGGGGAACUACCCGCACGUCACGGGGCACCGGUCGCUCGAAAACUUGAUCAAGCCGUGGGAGCCAAACCUCUUCCGCUCGCUGAAAGAAGAGGGCGGAUACCACGUAGCGUGCCUCGCUCCGCGCGGCGACACGUUCGCGCCCACCGUGACCGAGCUGAGCGUCGACGAGUACGGGUUUCUAGAGACGCCCGAGUUCGUGCCCAAAUUUGGUGGCGGCGGCGGCGAUGAUCCGGACAAAGAGAAUAUUUGGAAACGGCUCUUCUAUAAGGGGCUGAGGAAUCAGAAUGCUGCGAUGGAUUACGACGACGCUGUCGUGAGGAGCGCACUGAAGUGGUUGGAGCGGCCUCCAAAAGACAAGCCGUGGGUGUUAUUCAUGCCGCUCAUCUUCCCACACUGCCCGUUUCAAGUCGAGGAGCCAUAUUUCUCCAUGUACGAUCGGAAGGAGAUGCCGGUUCCAUCGAACAAGGCUGACAAGACUGGCUACGAGCCACGAUAUAUGUCCAUCCUUCGCGAACAAUAUGGCACACAUCGUGCAAGCCGGGAUGUAUGGGCGGAAGUGACAGCGACAUACUUCGGUAUGAUCUCCCGGCUAGACGACCAAUUCGGUCGGGUAGUCAAGAAGACUGAGGAAUUAGGCUACUGGGACAGCACUGUAACUCUCUUCUUCACCGAUCACGGAGAAUACCUGGGUGACCACGGUCUCAUCGAGAAAUGGCCAUCAGGCCUGUCUGACAGCCUAACCCGCGAGCCUCUCAUCGUUGGUGGAGCGGGUCUGCCAAAGGGCGUCGUAUAUGACGAGAUGACCGAGAUGGUUGAUCUGGUUCCCACUGUUUUCCAAUUGGCAGGCAUUGGCGAGCACUUCCCUCACUGCGGCAAGUCGAUGGCCGAUCUGCUUGUUUCGGGAGGGAAGACCGCGGACGGAGAGGUCAUAAAACACCGGGACUUCGCCUUUACUGAGGGUGGUUUCCUCCUAAGUGAAGAGCCGUUGCUCGAACAGGCGCCCUACCCUUAUGAUAUCAAGGCGACUCUGCAGCAUACCGACACUGCCACGGUAGGAAAGGCGGUCUCAAUUCGCGACAAGGAGUGGACAUAUAUCUACCGGCUCUAUGAGCCCCCUGAGUUGUACAGCCGCAAUGCUGAUCCGCAAGAGCUGCACAAUCUCGCUGGGGUGGCUGACCACGCAGGUGAGCGACGAAGACUAGAGGCUGAAGUGUUGCGAUGGAUGGUCUCUAGCAGCGAUUUCUUGCCCUGGAAGAAAGAUCCCAGAUUUCCCGAUGUGAACCUCGAGGAUCCCCGAAGCCAAUGGGAUAAGAGGGGUCAAUGA